UUGGGUGGUUAGUACGGUGUGGAGUGCGUGUAACGAAAGUAGAUAGAGCACGGAACGCAAAAACGUGAUUACCGGUUGUCAUGACGUUUGCGUGAGCUUUGUGUAUUGCGAUUCGCCGCCUAAAAAACAUGUUGAGUGAUAUCUGGUGCUUGAAUUCGCGAUGUACCGUCGGUGCUGUGACGGUGCAGUGCAAAUUAGUGCUAGUUUUGGUGCUACUCGCGAUCCUACCUGAUGUACACACCGAGAAUCAUGGACCGUCCCCAGAUUUCAGCAGGCACACGUUGGUCAGACCGCGGGUCUAUCACGGCAGGACUAGGCGGCAGAUCUCCUCGACCAAAGAGAACGAUGUGGAACACGCGGACGUGCUAGUGGUAGGUUUCGAGCUUGAUGGAGUGAAACGUACCUUGGACUUGAGAUUAAAUUCUGAUCUAAUUCCUGUUGGCUAUCAACAACGUCAUCAGCAUCAAGGCACGUACAAAGUGUACACUCCGUCGAAAGUCGAACUCUGCCAUUAUCAAGGUAGCGUUCGCGACCUUCCCGGCUCCUGGGUAGCCCUAUCUACUUGCAGAGGACUGCGCGGCGUUGUCUUCGACGGCGAGAACCUUCAUCACAUCCAACCGGAGCAAGAAUCUUUGGACUCGCGUCAUUACGUUUACAAGCACAGCGAUCUCGUCGCCAAUCACACUUGCGGUUACGAAGGAACGCCGCACCAUGUUCUCGACCGUGAACAACGCGGGAUCGUCAACAGAAUCGCAAGGCACAAGAGAGCGGCCGAGGCGAUUCGAGGACCCUACAACGCGAACAGGCAUUCACGAUACGUAGAAUUGGUCCUCGUGAUCGAUAAGAAGGAAUACAUCGCUCUCGACGAGAAUUUGGACAAGGUUCAUCAACACUGCAAAGAUAUCGCUAACAUUAUCAAUGCAUUGUACAUGCCACUGAAUAUAUUCAUCGCGCUGGUCGGAGUGCAAGUUUGGUCGGACGCGGAUGAAAUAGCCCUGUCCCCGAACGGGGACACCACCCUCUCGAAUUUCCUUCGAUACAGGAGGGAGAAACUAGUUCAAGACAUGCCGAACGAUAACGCCCAGCUGUUGACGCGAAUCACUUUCGAAGGUGGCGUGGUAGGGAAGGCGCUCAAGGGACCAAUAUGCACCUACGAGUUCUCGGGUGGCGUCUCGAUGGAUCACUCGAACGUCGUUGGAUUAGUGGCUGCAACUGUCGCCCACGAAAUGGGUCACAAUUUCGGGAUGGAACACGACUCGGCCGAUUGCGACUGCCCCGAGGAGAAAUGCAUCAUGGCGUCGUCGAGCGGCUCGUCGGGGCCGACCCACUGGUCGACCUGCUCCCUCGAGCAUCUGGCGCUCGCGUUCGAGCACGGGAUGGAUUACUGUUUGAGGAACAAGCCGCAGAAACUGUUCGACAGCCCGAUCUGCGGCAACGGGUUCGUGGAACCCGGGGAGCAGUGCGACUGCGGCCUGAAGGAGAACUGCGACAACCCGUGCUGCAACGUGACCACUUGCAUGUUGCACAGCAACGCGAGCUGCGCGACGGGCGAGUGCUGCGAUCUGAAAACGUGCCGGCCGAAAACCGCGGGCACCGAGUGCAGAAGCGCCGAGCACGAGUGCGACUUGCCCGAGUAUUGCACCGGGCAGAGCGAGUAUUGCCCGGUGGACGUGUUCAAAAUGGACGGUGAGUCGUGCAGCAUGGGGAAAGCGUUUUGCUAUCAGGGCUCGUGCAGGACCCACAACGAUCAGUGCAAACUGCUCUGGGGUCCCACGGGGACCUCGUCCGACGCGCAGUGCUACGAGAUGAACACGAAAGGGACGAAGCACGGGAAUUGCGGCUACAACCGGAUCGAAUCCAGCUACGUCAAGUGUACCGGAGAAAAUCUUUUGUGCGGAAUGCUUCACUGUAAGCACUUGAACGAAAGAUUGGAGUUCGGUAUGGAAUCCGUAGCGAUUCUCAGCCACUCGUUCAUCAACAACGGGGGAAAGAUCAUACCGUGCCGCUCGGCCAUCGUUGAUCUUGGGUUGAAUCAAGUCGAUCCUGGCCUCGCGCCCGAUGGUGCCAAGUGUGCACCCGGAAAGAUGUGCGUAAAUCAGAAGUGUAUGCCUGUGGCCGACCUGCGCGCUUCCGUAUCCGGAGGGAAAGCUUGUCCCAAUAAUUGCGGAGGCAACGGAGUGUGCAAUAGCCUCGGCCAUUGUCAUUGCAAUCGUGGUUUCCGGCCACCUGAUUGCACUCAGCCUGGCGUGGGUGGAUCCGAGGACAGUGGCCCCGCAGAGGAUCCGAACGCGAGAAACGAUUUCAUAAUGGCCCUGUACAUUAUCUUUCUGGGGAUCGUGCCUACGAUCGCUCUUUCCUCGUUCGGGAUUUGGUACGUGAGAAAUUCCGGCCAGAACUGGAAGAAGAGCAUGAUAUCAACGACCGAUCGUGGCCACAACGGACUGUCCAUCAAAACGAUCGAUCGUUCCAGUCCCUUGCCUCGUAACAUCGAAACGAUCGAUUCUAGUCUGAGUCAGGAUCCAGCGUGCGCGAGUUUGUUGCCGAAACCGGAUACCGACGAGCGUUACAACAAUAAUUUGUUCGGCCAGUUCAAAGGUUUCACGAUCACCCCGAUUAGGAAUCAAGCGAAGAGCCUCGAGCCGACCAAGCCUGCACCUCCCCCGCCCACCAUCCCGACCGUAGCCAUUAAGACAAACAUCAAGACGAUCCCGAAGAGCAAUCCGUCGCGCGCCUCGUCGCUCAGUUCCAACACGACGACGUGCUUCAGCGAGGCGGCGCCCACCCUGCCGCCCUUGAAUCCAGGAUGCACGGCUCGGCCGUUGAUCAGCAGCCCCGUACUUGCCGCGACCACGUGCACCUCCGUCGAGCUGGUAGCUGGUCCCAAACUCUCCGCGAAACCUGUCGGUGCUGUGGACGGGCCGACCAGGCCCGCUCCGGCCCCGCCGAUCCCCCCGGCCCCCGACUCCGUUCAAAAGCCGCAGAGGCCGAGCAGCACGCCUCUGGCGAACGUGUUGGCCUCGGAGAGCGAGAAGAGGCAAGAGAAGGGGAGCACCCUGAACAGAAUCGCGUCGAUGCUUCGGCCGAAUUCGGGGAUCGUGAGAGGCGGGGUUGGGCUGCAGAUUGGGUCGCAGAGGGACGAGAAGAGCGCGACCAACUCUUUGCCGAGAUUGCACCACCACAAGGCGAGCAAAGUGAUCGACAAGGAGAUAUUGAGAAACUUGGAGAUCUCGAAUCCUAUACCGCAAAAGGAGAUCGAGAUCCCCACACCCUCGAUCCCGGUGAUCCCCGUGGCCGAGGAGCAGAAGAAGAGCGUGGUGUUGCGCGCUCAAUCGAUGAGGGACAGCAAGAUCACGCCGAGGCCCCCCAUCCAGACGUUCGGGUCGAUGCGACAAACGGGCGCGACAAACGUCAAACGACCUACCAGUAUACCGGCGAGCACCAGGCCUACGGCGCCUCCCCCCGGCCCCCCCCUCCUCCCCUCCGCUACGACCACGGACAGGGUGAACGAGGCGGGGAAAAUUCCUGGACUGCCCGGAUAUCAGAAUCCUCGGGUGAAAAGCCCGCAGAAAAUCGGGUUGGACAACGCCUACGACGAUUGCAUGAAUCUCGUCACCGAAUCCUCGUUGACCAAGAUAGCCGAGGAAUCGCCGACAACGAGCGACAAUAUUUACGCCGUGAUAGAGGAGGCCCUACCCGAGAAAGGGAGGAGGAACGGCGUGGAAACGGCGGGGAACGAGUACAAAUUGCCGAAGCGCGUGGAAACAAUGGGGGGGAAGAAUUCGAGUCACGGUGGUGUGGAGCCGAUGGGUUUGCUGUCCGAGAUCGUGUCCGAGAUAUCGAAUAGGAAUUUCGACUCGAUAUACUCGACCGCGAGCUUGUCGAGGAAAGUGGAAGAGGACGAGGAGGAGGGGGAGGAGGAGGAGGAGGAGGGCGGGUCGAAGAGCGGGGAGGACGCGGGUUACAACAACGGGUCGUUCGGCGGUUACAUGAACUCGAGCCAUUACAAAUCGCCUGGUUCGAGCAUUUACUCCAACUCCGCCUCGGCCAAGUUCAACUCGUCGAGCUCGACCACGAGCUCCGGUUACCUGAACCCGUCCGCGUUGAACGUGCCGCGGCAAGAGGGCGAGAAGCUGGCCGAGGGCAAGCCGCUCGACAAGUGUAAAAGCUCGGCCAACCCGAACCUGAACGACGAGAUAUCGAAGGAGCUUGGAAUGAAGGGUGGCGAGGAUGGUGUGGCGGCGGCCCGCAAAUCGAUCGCGUCGGCGAAGGCUCGAUUCAACUCGCGGCGGGGUUCAAUCGGGGCGAGGGGCGAGGAGGGGACGGCGGAGGGGAAGGAGGCGUCGGUGAAACCGGCCCUCGGAAGGACGAAAACGCCACCGGGCCUCGGCAAAGGCUCGGUCGCGAACGCGAAGCAAGUCGUGGAGAAUGCGUCGAGGUCUAAACAGUAUUCUGACAGUGGCUCGAAGGGGGUUUCUGGGGCGUCGAACGUGGCCGCGGUGGACGUAAAUUCGGAGGCGAAGGGUGGCGAGCGCGCGGCCCAGCCGAACGACAGCCAGGACUCUCGUACGAACGUUAAUAGAUUAUCUCUGAAAACUGUGCCUUGUAGUCCUAAGGAUAACGGGGGAAAGUUUAACAGUCCGGACUUAGUCUCGAGCUGUUCGAAUUCUAAUCAAAUCAGUACAAAGUCGCCGGACGUAGUUGGAAACAAUCCAAAGGUUAAUUUUCAGCCGAAGAACGUUCAAAAGACGCCCACGCUCUCGCGGGGCAGCGCCGCGAAAGCGCCCGCCACCCCCGUCAAACCGUUGAGCAUUGCGUCCAAAGGAGGUGGCCUCGCGGAGAAGAAGAAGUCUCCGACCGGGGGUAACGCGAUUAAAUCGUUAUCGGUGUCCGCGAAGGAAUCGGGUUCGAGGGUCUCGCAGGCGAAACCGGGGGGGCAAAAGACGGAGGCGAAGGGCGGAGAUUCGGGGGCGAAAACGAACCCGGGGGUGCAAAGGGCAGCGAGCAGCAAGUCGAACGUGGCCUCCCUCCAACAAAAAUUCGAGGCGAAUAAAAACGUAAACGCGGUCGCGUCACGGACGAUACCGAGCGUGCACAAAGCACAGCGCACAGUCGGUAAAACGACUGAAACGGCGAGUGUGAAGAAAUAGAGCGGGUGGAUGUAGGGGGGAGAAGAAGAUGAACGAAAACUGGAAAGUGUUGUAGGAUCUAUUUCAAAUAUUCUAGUCGAAUCGAUCGAAUAUUCGGAUUGAAACGCGUAAACGCGAGAUGUGUAACCGUUCAAAUAUAUUUCCGUUCAAACGGAUAUUUCUACGAUGUUAUUUUAUUUAAAAAAAAAAAAAAAAUAAAAAAAAGAGAAAAAAAGACCACGUAAGGAAGUGGAGUCAUAAUAGUACAAUGAUCAAUCGUUGGGUCGGGAAGCCGAGCGAAAGAACCGAUUGAUCGGAAAUUACGCAACUGUCAGAAUACUGAGAGAUUAGGUUGUAUCGGGCGCAAAACCUGCGACGCAAUAUAUUAUCGUUGUAAAUAUAUCGUAGUUACUUAAAAAUUCUAAUAUUUUUUGUAGAAAUUAUCCGUCAACGUUCGGAUGUAACACGCGAAACAUUAACGAUCGUCGGGAUAUUUAUCUUAAGAGCAUUUUGUAAACGAAAUAAGAAACAGAAAUAAGCAACAAUUAUUUUCAAAAGUUUCACUCGAUACCGCAAAAGGAACGCGUAAGAAAUUAUUGAAUUCUGUGAUAAUACAUGUAACGAGAGAAUAAUACAGAAACAUCGUAUCGUACAUUAUUAUAAGUAGCAGAUUAUAGAUGCGACCAAAUCUAUCAUUUUAUAUAUCGUAUCGCGCGAAAAAAAAAAAAAAAAAAAAAACAUUAUGAAACUGGAGAAUAUAAAUUAAAUUUUCAAGAGAAGAGAAAUUAGUUUCGAAAGGAAUCCAUAUCCGAAGAAAAAGAAAAUCUCUAUGAAACAGUAGCUCUUUCCAAAGAUUAACUAAGCAUCGUCGUUUAAAACAUCGUGAUUUUCGUGAAUGCGAUCGUACCUUUGAGAUUCCUCUGCGAAUCAAAAUUUAGACGCGAUUAGCUAACGAUAAGAGAGCUUAAAUGGUAGUGUAUGCUAGAGUUUUAUGCUAUGUUUGAAAUCGAGGCAAAAUUAUUUCUACGAUAAACGUAUGUUAUAACGUAUAACGAAGUAGAAAUAUUUUUGUUUAAAACGCUAUACGAUCGUCCUUUUAUUUUCGCACGAUUCUUUGCAUACAGUAAAAUACGAAUUUCGAACCUUGGUGUUCGUUUGCUAGUUUUGCUAAUAUUUAACAUCGUUAGAUACGCAAAGAGACUAAGACGAAUAUUUAUUUGACUGAUCGAUGUAAAUAUGUUUAUAAUGUAAUAGAUGUAAGUAACAUUUUGUACAAUGUACCUUCGUGCUCGCUAAGUUAUAAUUCGCGAUCUACGCGUUUAAACGCAUACAUGCGACUUCAGCAUUUAGCUUUUUCACGAUAUCUCGUUCGAUCUGUUGUAAAGGGUGUAGUAAAAUUCACCUCAAUUAAAGGAGAAAAAAGAAAAGACGAAAAAAAUGGGUUUUAUUGAACGAUACAGUUGUAACAUAUUUUUGCAUUUAUUAUUUCAACAUAGCCAUCUUUCGCGUAUAAGUAUUGUUCGCUUGUACGCCGCGAUGUUUUAAUUUAUACAGUUCCUAUGUACAGUCCUCUCGAUAUGUUGAAACAAUUUAGGGACCGCAACUCAAGUUCAAUAAAGCUUUAUAAUAAUCAUCCAUUCUUCGAGCAUCGUUUAUAAUCAUUCACCGCUUUUCUUCUUUCGACAAAAUGAUGUCGUAUGUAUGACUCUAGUGUAAAGACAAUCAGACGUUUUGCACAGCAUACGACUGUAAAACGGAAAAUGAAAGCCCUUCGAGAAAACCUUGGCCGUUCCAUAAUCGUUUAGUAAGAUUUUUUUUUUUUUUUUAGGAAAUACGAUUCAUUUUUAGAUUUCAUCGAUUAGAUUAUAAUUAGAUUUAUUAAAUGAAAUUAUUUUUCAAAACUCACGACUUACAGCCUAACAGAAUUAACAGACAUGUUACAUUGUCCGUUCAAUACCAAAGAUAAGUUACGUUCCACGUGUUAAAGGGCCAAGAUAUACGUUAUCGUAACUACUUAAACGUUGUCUCAUAACUUGUAUAUUUCCUAAUGCAUAGUAAAGUUACAAUAAAUUCUUUAUUCCAUG